AUGGCAAAUGGACUCAAAAAACUUAAAAUGGCCAAAAAUCAAGAUGAGGAACUUGAUGAGGUACCUCAAAAACAGGUAGAUACCAAACCGGUCGUACCAAAGGUUUUGACGGAUGCGGAUAAAAAACGAAGCCAGGACCUACUUUCUGCCUUUACUGAAUGCAUGAGCGCUUUGUCUAGCAACAAGAUUAGCACUCGUAAUGCAUUUGAAGUGGGUCUAAUUGACAAUUUGGAUGAAGUGGUCCAUAUGAGUGGGGAUUCUGAUGAAGAUGAGAUUAAGGAUGAUGAUAUUGAAGAUGACGAUGUUACAGAUAGUAGUAAAAAGCAAGUAUCUAAGCUCUCAUUUACAAGAGCAUCUAAAGCCAUUGAAGGGGCUAGUAGGUUAUACGGGUACCGUGUUGAGGCCAUUUAUGACCAAACAUUUAAUGUGCUUGCCAGUAUGAAUACUGCAAACAAUCUUGGCGAUGACCAAGGAGAUAACCAACGGGAGAAGGUGAAGAAGAAAAGGACAAAUUUUAGCGAUGCAAACAAGACAUUGCUUUCUGAGAAAGAUGUCACUAUGGAUGUUAUUCCGGUUAAUGAGGGUAUUUUGGACCCAUAUUUUCUAAAAGUAUCAUCUCUCUUCGACCAGGCAGGCGCCGUUGGUCUUCUACUAGCUAACAUGCAAAUUGAAACAGAUCUCACUCUCGGAUUUGUAGGCUCAAAUCCAAUAUUUCCACCAUACGUAGAAUCUAUUUCCAAUGACACCCCCUUUCAUUUGACGACGCAGCAGAUUAAGGAAUUACUAUUUGACAACCCUGCGGAUCUCGAAACCGCACAUGUGUUACCCCAAAUUAAUGCAUAUCGCAAUGAACUUAAAAGAAUUACUAGCAGUGGAGUUCAUUCUAACGAUGAAAAACAACCAGUUCCAUCAUUAGCUAACCUUAGUGCAACAAUUUCCAGCAUAAAUGAUCAAAAAUCUAAUGUGCCUGAGGCACCCGCUCAGGAUGGAGAUUCCAAAGUGGAACUACCUCAAACAGAUAACGAACCAGUUGUCGGCAUGGACAUGGAUAUCAACGUGCCAGAACUUCCAGCUGACUUGUCCACCUGGGAUGCCCCUUACUCUGACUAUAUGAACAUGCCUAUGGAUACGUUUGAACAAGAAAAGCUUGAUAGUUCUUCUUCUCAUGUCAUAGAAAUGAAUUUAACGGCUUUAGAUGGCAUUGAUAACUUCGAUUCGUUAAAUUUCAGAAAGAAGCGCAUCAAAUCUAUCUUGGGUGAAUUAAGCGUCACUAAACAGAAGUCAGAAUCGAAGCGUGUACAAGAGAGCGAAAUUGACUUCCAGGAAUCGUUGUUGGAGUUUGUGACUGGGGAUAAUCAUGACCAUGAGAUAGACCCGUUGGUGGCCAAAGGCAUGGGCCUCAAUCCGAACAUUUUCGAGAAUGAUGAAUUUGACGCUGUGAAGGUCGAAACGAAGUUAAAUGACCUUUUAGCCAAGGGGAAAGUCAAGGUUCCACCAAUGGAUCCCAACAUAGCUGUGGACAACACAAGCUCCAAUGCGCCAUUCAAGGACUUUUUCCUCACCCGUCUAAAUGCCACACUUAAUAAGAAGCUGAAACUUAUGGUCUCAAAGGAUGAAUGUUAUCUCACUGUUGCAGCUGCAAAUGACAUUGACACUCCAUUUUCUGCAUUUGAAGAAACUAAAAUCGCAGAGCUUACACACAGGGCUAUAGUUGAAUCGGAUGAGGAAGAUGGGGAUUAUGAUGAAAAUCUCGACACCCAUGGUUUAGACGAAUUACCGGAAACGUUAGAAGAUGUGGAAGAUCUCCAAAAUAAUAAAGAGGAUGACGAUGGCAGGGCUGAUUUGGCGACUUUGGGGCUGAACAGAAACAUUGACAUUGCAAUGAUAAAGCAGGCAUUGUCUAGCGUUAUAUUACCCACAUCUGAGUUCUUGGAUGCAGUGGAAAACGGGAAUCAGUUAGCAGAGAAUAUUGAAUAUAAUGUGGAGAAAUCGCCAGAAAUAAAUACUGAAUUUACCUUCCGCUCUGUCAUAAAAGAGACCCUACACAGGUUGGGUACUAGGGACCCCAGCAAGGGGGUUAACGUACAUAUCUUAUUUGUGUGCCUCCUACACGUUUGCAACGACCACGACAUUUUGCUCAGGCAAGCUGAAGAAGCUAAGGCGAUUCAAAUUUUCAUAUCAGCUCCAGAACAACAGCACCUUACUUAG